UGGGGGCUAAAGUCUAUUCAAUACGACUUACCGUUUGGUUUCGAACACCUUAAACGACUGAAGCAUGUACUCGCAAUCCUCCCUUCCACUGGCCCAUGGCGGCGUGGCCUCGUCGUCCUCCUUCUCCUUCUCGUUGGAGCCAGAGCCAGGCGGUGUAGAAGAAGCUCUGCUCCAACUGGUCCAGGACCACCACCAAACCUCCCUCAGACUCCGCGAAGUCACCGAGAAGGCGAAGAAGGACGCGAUUAAGAAGGCGGCGCGCGCGGCGGAGCUGAUGGUGGACGCAGUGAACGGCGGCGUUCAAGAGUCGUUUGUGAACGAGAAGCGAAUCGAGUAUGAAAUUAGGGCUUUGACCGCCACCAUCACUCGCUUCACCAAACAGACCGAUCAAUGGCUCUCUGUCACUCAUUCGAUGAACUCCGCCAUUAAGGAAAUUGGAGAUUUUGAGAACUGGAUGAAGAUCAUGGAGUUUGAUUGUAAGAGUAUCACUGCAGCUAUUUACAACAUUCACCAAGCAUGAUCAAGCAGCAAGGUGUUUGUCUUCAUCAAUUUCCAUGUAAUUUCUUAUCUUCUCAAUAAUUUGUAAAGCAUCUCAAUUAUAGAAUAAUAAACCUUGGUUCUUUUUGUCCCA